AUGGCGUCGAGGUUCACCCAUUCCACGCUUCACCAGCGCGAUCCUCGAGCUUCCUCGAGUCUCUUCGAUUCAUAUGGUGGCGGUAGCAGCGAGAGGGCUCGGCAUGGAAGCAGGUCGCCAGCCGGCAAAGUUGGCGGAUAUGGCUUCUCCGGGUCGCCGAAUGGAAAUCCAGACAGAGGUGCUUCGGCAGGGUCUUAUCGGGUGGCAACACCUAACUCGAGAGGCCAGUAUUCCGAUGCAGUGCUUGACUCACUCGAGUCACAGAACGAAGUGGAGCUUGAAGGCAUGUCCGCGAAAGUGAAAAUGUUGAAAGAUAUAACCAUUGCGAUCGGUGAUGAAAUCCGCGAGUCCUCGGCCCUUGCCGAGAAAAUGAACGAUACCUUUGACAGUACCAGAGUGAGGUUACGUGGAACCAUGAAUCGGAUGCUUGUCAUGGCUGAGAGAACGGGCGUUGGCUGGAGAGUCUGGUUAGGCUUCUUUUGCGCCGUGUUCCUGCUCUUCACCUAUGUGUGGCUCUUUUGA